AUGAGUUCCUCACAAUAUUGGCUGAGACUUUUACCUGUAAUUGGUUUACUGCAAACUUGCGUUUGUUCGCGAAUAUACCGGAAAGAUUCCAUUAAAGGUGAGGGAAUUAUUCCUAGUUAGUGUGUGGAUAAUUGGUCAUUAGUAGCUAUAAUUUCAAUAUUGAAAAAUGGUCUUUGAGCAUUCUGAUUGGCUCCCUCAGCAGUAAUUCUGAGGCAAUAGUUACUGCUGAGACUGCUCUGAGCAGAACGUAUUGCUUUUCCAAAAAACUGGCUGAAAAUCCUCAAAAUCGUUUGGCGAAAAUUUCGGAAGCAGAAAUAAAUAAAAUAAAUAAAACUGUUUCAAUACUGAAAUUAUACUAAAACCAUUAGUGCCUCAGACUAUAUUCACUUCGCCUUCGGUUCCGUGUAUAAGCUUUUAAUCACCUCGCCUUCGGCGACUAAUUGUUAAUUAAUUAUCUUGUUAUUGUUACUGUUUUGGUGGUGGGCCAUUCCAUUUAAUAUCUACACCCCGGCGGGGGGGAUUUUCCGAGGGGGAGAAAGUUCCCCAAGUUUAUGAUAGAAAAAUUAAAGAAUUUCCGAAGGUGUUUAGCAAAAAAACCGUUUCUGAAUGGGUCUAACAUCACCACAUCAGAGACCUUGUCCACACGGGGGUGUAAGUAUUAAAUGGAAUGUCCUACUUUAGCAGUACCUUGAUAAAAGAGCAAAAGGGUUUAUGAGAGUUGGAAAUUUGAUACGUGGUUGCUAGAUGAAACGCUAAAAAUGAAUAAUGUUGGCAGUGAAUUUUUUAUUUUAAAUGAAACGAAAUACGUUCGAAGCUCUAAUUCGAAGCACUAAUAACGGACACUAUCAACCAUAUUUCCACAGAAAUCGGAAAAUGUGCUUACUAAAACUUCGUGAAAAAGGCCUGGAGCAAGAUAUCUUGGGAAACCCAUAUUAUGCACCCCAUAAUAUAACAGCCAUCUAAUAACAGCCAUUAGAGAAUGUUCCCCGUUUUGACUGUAAAAUAUUUCGUAUUUGCUACUGUGUGAUAACUAAGGUUUCCCAGGGAGGGGAGGGGGUUUGUGUUCCCAUGUUCCCCACCAAGAUUUUACCUUGUUCCCUUGUUUCCCCACCAAGAUUUCACCAUGUUCCCUUGUUUCCCCACCAAAAUUUCACCUUAGAGAAUGUUCCCCGUUUUGACUGUAAAAUAUUUCGUAUUUGCUACUGUGUGAUAACUAAGGUUUCCCAGGGAGGGGAGGGGGUUUGUGUUCCCAUGUUCCCCACCAAGAUUUUACCUUGUUCCCUUGUUUCCCCACCAAGAUUUCACACCAUGUUUGUGUUCCCAUGUUCCCCACCAAGAUUUUACCUUGUUCCCUUGUUUCCCCACCAAGAUUUCACCAUGUUCCCUUGUUUCCCCACCAAAAUUUCACCAUGUCCCCAUGUUUCCCCACCAAGAUUUUACCAUGUUCCCUUGUUUCCCCACACCAAGAUUUCACUAUGUUCCCCAUCAAGAUUUUACCAUGUUCCCUUGUUCCCCACCAAGAUUUUACCAUGUUCCCUUGUUUCCCCACCAAGAUUUAACCAUAUUCCCUUGUUUCCCCACCAAGAUUUCACCAUGUUCCCUUGUUUCCCCACCAAAAUUUCACCAUGUUCCCUCACCAAGAUUUCACUAUGUUCCCCAUCAAGAUUUUACCAUGUUCCCUUGUUCCCCAUCAAGAUUUUACCAUGUUCCCUUGUUUCCCCACCAAGAUUUCACCAUGUUCCCCUGUUUCCCCACCAAGAUUUCACCAUGUUGCCUUGUUUCCCCACCAAGAUUUCACCAUAUUCCCUUGUUUCCCCAUCAAGAUUUCACCAUAUUCCCACCAAGAUUUCAAUAUGUUCCCUUGUUUCCCCACCAAGAUUUCACCAUGUCCCCUUGUUUCCCCACCAAAAUGUCACUUACCACGAUUUCACCAUGCUCCCCACCAAGAUUUCACCAUGUUCCCUUGUUUCCCCACCAAGAUUUCACCAUAUUCCCUUGUUUCCCCAUCAAGAUUUCACCAUAUUCCCAUGUUCCCAACCAAGAUUUCAAUAUGUUCCCUUGUUUCCCCACCAAGAUUUCACCAUGUCCCCUUGUUUCCCCACCAAAAUGUCACCAUAUCCCCAUGUUCCCCCACCAAGAUUUCACCAUGUUCCCUUGUUUCCCCACCAAGAUUUCACCAUGUUCCCACCACGAUUUCAAUAUGUUCCCUUGUUUCCCCACCAAGAUUUCACCAUGUCCCCUUGUUUCCCCACCAAAAUGUCACCAUAUCCCCAUGUUCCCCCACCAAGAUUUCACCAUGUUCCCUUGUUUCCCCACCAAGAUUUCACCAUGUUCCCACCACGAUUUCACCAUGUUCUCUUGUUUCCCCACCAAGAUUUCACAAUGUUCCCCUGUUCCUCCCCACCAAGAUUUCACCAUGUUCCCUUGUUUCCCCACCAAGAUUUCACCAUAUUCCCUUGUUUCCCCAUCAAGAUUUCACCAUAUUCCCAUGUUCCCAACCAAGAUUUCAAUAUGUUCCCUUGUUUCCCCACCAAGAUUUCACCGCUUAAAUAUCCCCUUUUCCCUAUGAUCUUUCUUGGCGUUGUUCCCUUGUUCCCAUUCCAAAAUAUGCUUGUUUCUUUGUUCCCUAGAAACCCCCGGGAUACGCUGUAUAAUGUCCAGUUUGGAAACGAUAUUCUUCAUUCUUUCUAGUACCUGUGAAUUACGAAGACACGGAAUCUGCUCGAUAUGACACUGAAGAGAUUGAGUACGACAUCGUGGAUCAGAAACUCCGAAUGUGGGGCGAAGAAGAUCACGUUGUACGUCUUUCUCAAUCAAAAGGUGAUUCUUUUACUGUGUACAGUUUUUUGGAUCGCUCAUGAGUCUUUAGUUAGUCAUUCACCUUUUGACGCAAGCCAGCGAUAAUCCUGAAAACUGCGUUCGUGUAUAUAGCACACGGAAACAGUGGCGAAGCCAGCCCGACAAUUUGGUCAUGCUAUGCAAAUUUUAAAUCAGUAUUCAUUUCUUUAGAAACAGAUUGUUUUCACGGUCUAUAUAAACGCGGAAAUAUUUGCAUAACAUAACCAAAUUGUCGGGCUGGCUUCGCCACUGCACGGAAGAAAAGCAACGUUGCUGGCACUUUCGAAAUUAGAUCGUAUUUCAUCAUAACCAAUAGCUUAUUUAUUAAAAUAGCCAUAUUCACAUUAGAGACGGACAAGUCGUCUAGACGAACAAAUCGUCUCUCAAAAAUCGUCUUCACAGACGGACAAGUAGUCGAACAAAUUCAGACGACUUGUUCGUCUAAAAUUUUGUCCGACACGUUUUCAUAUCUGAUAAUUUGUCCGACUAAAAGACGAUUUUGAGACGAUUUGUUCGUCUAGACGACUUGUCCGUCUUCUAAUGUGAAAACGGCUAUUGUCUUGUCAGACAAUGUGUGUAUUGGGGAUAUUGCUGCCUGGUAAUGCAAUUAAUAUUGCAAUUCUAUUUCAACUCGUAAAGUCUAGAGGUGUAACGACGGCAGGGAGAUGGUCGUAACCUCUUAAUGUUUUCAAUUUUAUCAUUGUUUCUUAAUGUUUUUAUCUGUGAUAUCAUAAAGCGUGUCUAAGAUGCAAGACAUAGGAACAUUUCCGGGCGAUUAGACGCUCCCACUCAUUAACGGCUGGUUACGCCCCCAUCCAAAGGAAUUCGAAACUUUUCUUCUAUGAAAAUAAGCUCGUGUGUGAUUCAGUCCUAAGUCAUCCGCCUGUUUCUAUGUUUUGUCAAAAUGUCUCUGUGCUUUGAUAGCUUAAUAUAUAUUACUGUCUUAAUGUUUCGUUUCUUUCACUUGUUGGCCGCCCUGUUUAUGAAAGUCAUUCGUCUUUAACAGUUGAGUUUACGGUGACUCAUUCACGCUUCAGUGGGUUUAUAGUUUCCACAUUUUUACCUGACCAUCGAUGCGUGAAAACAUUUAAGAUCAGAAAUCAAACGAUUAAGAUCCGAGAGUUAAAGUGAUAUCCUGAUAAAUAAUUGUAAAAGGAUGGCUAGGAAUUGGACCUUUUAUACUGCUUGGCCUUCAUGAUGUUUUUCGUAUACAAACUGGAUAUUUUACGAUGAAUUGUCGAGCUUUUUCCUAUUUGGGAUGUCUUGUAGUUGUUUGUCUCGCAUGGAGUGUCAUAGCAGGUUUGGUGUUUAUAUAAAAAAUUUUCAACGAACGUGGAAUAGCUGUAAAGAGUAUUAAGAAACAUAAGCUAUUGUAUCAAUACGAUGUCUUCGUGUUGUAUAAUAUAUUCACGUGUAUGGUCGCAGCUUCCAAAUAAGAAUUUUACUUGAUACAGACUGUUCGAAUGAACCAAACUCAUUUCACAACAUUGCACGAAGUCAUUCGCUUCAGUAGAUGUAGAAUAAACAUUUUACAGUUGUUAAUUUUGGACAUGAAGCGUGAAAUUAUAGUGAAAUACGUGAAACUAGUUGAUAAAGAAAUCUAUGUAGUUAAAACUAUGUUAACUAAAUAAGAAUAUUAUUUUUUUAAUAUUAUUACAUCUGUGUCUCCUUUGAACUUAUAGAGCUAUUUAUGUAAACUGGAUGGCUCUGUCAGUUCUAAGCAUGUUGUCACUAGAGAUCCAGUAAGAUUCGUCCCAUAUUGCUCCAGACUUUCAGUAUUACUGCAGGAGGAAACCCGAACUAAACUAACUUAAGGGCCGUCCCAUGUAUAGAGUCAAAGUGAAAUCACUCUUCUCACAUACUACAUGCUGUGAAAUUAUUAUCAGACAAUUCCCAAUAUAUUUUUUCUUGGCAGAAAAAGUAUAUUCCCGGAAAGAGUAUACUGAAAUUAGUAAAAUUGCAAAGUUUGGUUGCGAAAUGUUGUAAAAUGCGGAAAAUAUAGCCUUGCAAAAUUCGCAAAUUUUGUAUACUUUAUUUAGUAUUGCAUGCGGAAAUUGCUGCGACAUUUGGGCCCGAAAAUAGUAGCAAUUUUCGCACGCAAUACAAAAGUAUACAAAAUUUGCAAACUUUACUAGACAAUUUUCCACAUUUUACAAUAUUUCGCAACGAUGCAAACUUUGCAAUUUUACUCAUUUUAGUAUGCUCUUUCGAGCUGUGGUGAUUUAUUUGCAUCUCCUUGCCUAGUUUUAAAAUUAGUCUAUAAUGGGAAUUGCCUAUUGCAUAUUGCAUGAAUUGAUCCACAAUAGUUACAGAGGUGACACUCACAUAUACUAACCAGAGAAUCUUUUUGUGUUCUAUAUAGUGACUCCAGGUUCAGACCGCGAGGGAGUGAACCCGAGAUUUACAAAAAUCAGCAAUCGUACCGUGAUCCCAGAUCAGAGCGAACUGGAUCAAGUCGAUGAAGAGGCAUUGAAGAGAGGACAUGAGGAGAUUACUGUGGAUAAAGAUGAUGAGAUCUUGACUGAAGUUAUUGAGGGUGAGUGUGAACUAAAUCAAAGUAACUUUAUUUAUACUGGAUAGCUUUAUCCGUUCUUAACUGUUCUCCCUGGACGUCCUGGUCAUUCCUUAUUGAUCCAGUGUUAUACAACAAGAGGAAACCUAAAAUAAACUAACUUUAUUCAUACUAGAUAGUUCUACCAGUUCUAAGCUGUUUUCGAUGGAGGUCUAGUGAGGGUCAUCUCUUAUUGAUGAGGUGUUACUACAGGAGUGAACCUAAACUAGACUAACUUUAUUCAUACUGGAUAGGUCUAUCAGUUACAAAUUGUUCUCUCUAAAGAGGUUCAGUUAGAGUCAUAUCUCUUAUUGAUCCAGUGUUACUACAGGAGGAAAGCAAAACUAUAAACUAAACCUUUAGUGGCUCUUUCAGUUCUAAACUGAGGUCCAUUAAGGGCUGUUUGUGGUAUGAUAUUAAUAUGCUAAUGUGUACAUAUAUAGCUAGGUUUACCAUCAUUAACUGUUUUCCAGUCUGGCAAUCGUUCAUAGUAUAUGGCAUGGUAGAAAAUAAUGUCACAAAUUCUUUUCAUUUUCACUAGAUGAUGCUCCCCCAAGCUCGUUGCCUCUUUCGAUCAAAUCAAAACCGACAGUUCUACCAUCAAUGUCUGUUAGCAAUGCCACCAAGCAUCGCAAUUUGUCAAAUAAAGAAUUACAAAAUACUCAACCUACAAUAAACAAGGACAAAAGUGGGUAUUUCUUCGGUAAAUCGAAAAAUAAAUCACCAAAUACGACAUUAACGUCUGGAGAGCAAGGACAAAAUGUUGCUGAGCAUUCAACAGGAAAUGCAAACGUUUUACAUCAGAAUAACUCGUUACAGACAGCACAAAUAAUUGGUGAUAGUUCUUCGACGUCGCAAAGGAGUACAAACUUUUCAUUACCAAGUAUUUCAGGAGAGACAAAUAAAAUUGAUUCAAUCGGUCAAAAGUUUGAAAACUCAUCACAGAACACUAGCUCAUUUCACGAUGAGAGUGCAACGUCGCAAGUUCAAUUAUCUGAGUUCAAUACGACGAAAGCUAACGCUAUCAAUAAUUCACUGAGUCAAGGAAGUUCAAAUCUAAUGCCAUCAACUUCUACUCAAAAUUCGUACACUGAAACUUACAAUGAAAGUUCAUCUUUUGGAAAUAAGCCAUUUGGAAAGACUGCCAUUAAGGACAAUGUCUCGAAUUUGACUGAUUUGCAAAAUAUCGAAACAGUCAAAUCGAAUGACAGUAGCAAAAAUACUAAUACUCUCUCAGCAGAUUUAACGAAAACUGUCAAUUCUACCAGCAAUAAUAUUUUUCUCAAAGGUGUAGAAAAUAUUUCAAAGAUGAAAAAGUCUAUAGACAACAACAGUACGGAUGCUACAUCAAUUAUUGUACCUGAACAAAGCCAAAAUAGGGUAAAGGAGUCAUCAGAUAUAGGCCGAGCACGUGUAUUUAACACAAAUGCUACAAGGACUUUAGUUUCGACAGGUAAUUUAACUUCAGAAAGAGACAAGACGAAAAAGAAAACGGUGGAUAGACUAGAGCAGAAGAUGGAUGUUUUGCUACGUUCUCAUAGAGAUUGGGCUAAGGAGCCACAAGGACAACAAGAGAAGAAGAAUGUCAGUCUUCAUGCGGGUAAGAAAGAUGAAAACUGACUAUGUUAGCUAACUUUCAUGGAUAGCUUUAUUCUAACUGUUCUCGCUGGAGGUCCAGUGAGAGGCACUCUUUGUUGACCCAGUGUUACUACUACAGGAGGAAACCUAAACUAAACUAACUUAAUUUACACUGGAUAGCUCUAUCAAUUCUAAAUCGAGAUUCAGUAAGGGUAAUCUUUUUCUCUACAGUAGUGUUACUACAGGACGAAACUUAAACGAAACUAACUUUAUUUAUACUGGAUAGGCCUAUACAUUGUAAAUAGACAGUAAGGAUUUUCGCUACAGGAGGAAACCUAAACUAAACUAACUUAAUUUACACUGGAUAGCUCUAUCAAUUCUAAAUCGAGAUUCAGUAAGGGUAACUUUUUCUCUACAGUAGUGUUACUACAGGACGAAACUUAAACGAAACUAACUUUAUUUAUACUGGAUAGGCCUAUACAUUGUAAAUAGACAGUAAGGAUUUUCGCUACAGGAGGAAACCUAAACUAAACUAACUGUAGAUUGACCAGUUCUAGCCUGUUUUUGAAGAGCUAUUGGAGGGUCAUUGGAAUUCAACCCAGUCCCUUUCUAUUGUUUUUGUUUGUGCGGUUGGAGACGAAGUUGCCAGUAGUUUGCCGAAAUUUUGUAUUUUGACUUCGAUUUAAAGACUAAUAUUAUGAUUUUAUGAACUGAAAACUUGAUUACCGUCCGUUAGAAAAAUCUAGAAUUAGCUGGGAAAAUGAUAUAAAAUCUGUUUACGACCCUCGUAUUGGCUUCACUUUUCCCAUUGGCCGAAUGACUGAUAGUUCUUACUCCAGAUAUAUAGAGAGUUCACUGGUCUUGGACUGAUGAUCCGUCACUAGUAUUAAUCGUUCCAAUAAUGGGCAACUUGCAUGUUAGACUGAAUUUUAAUCUAAGUAAAGAGAAGACAAUCAAACACCACAGCUAUAAAGAACAUAAUGAAAUUAGUAAAAUUGCAAAAUUUGGUUGCGAAAUGUUGUAAAGCUUCGAAAAUAUAGCCUUGCAAAGUUUGCAAAUUUUGUAUAUGUUUGUAUUACGUGCGGAAAUUGUCACCAUUUUCGGCUCAAAAAUGGUAACAAUUUCCGCACGUAAUACAAACAUAUACAAAAUACGCAAACUUCGCAAGACUAUAUUUUCCGUAUUUUACAACAUUUCGUCACCAAAUUUUGCAAUAUUUCUUAUUUUAAUAAGUUGUUCACGGGAAAUUACUUUUUUUGCCUAGACAAAAAAUUAGUCUAACAUGCAAUUUGUCUAUUGAUUGUUCGUGUUUUUCUAGAUAAUGGUUCACGAAGCUUUCUUCCAACAAACGUGCGUCGUAUGAACAUUAUCCAUCACCACGCAUCGACUUCCGCUCCUCGCAAGCAAAAGAAAGCCUCGCGAAAACUGAAGUCCUUCUUAACAGCGGUCAAACAAAUGUUCAAGGAACCCGAAACCGCGCAAGAUAUUUUGGCUUGGGAGGCCUGGGGACCAUGUUCCAGGACUUGCGGAGAGGGCGCGGUCAGGAUACGGCAGAGGAAAUGUGCGGGACUGGUGGCGAGAGAUUUUGAUGUCGCUUGUCCAGAACCAAGAGAGCAAAGACAGAUGUGUCCUGUUGUGUCUUGUUUAUGUAUGUUAUUGUAUGCUCUCAAUUCCGUCAUUGUCUAUUUUUGAUUGUGAAAUAAGUCUGUUAUCAAUGGAUCACUCUAUUGUUUUAGUGUUACUACAGGAGGAAACCUAGGCUAAACUAACUUUAUUUAUACUGUAUAGCUUUAUCAGUUCUAAACUGUUCUCCGUAGAGGUCCGGUAAGAGUCAUCUUUCAUUGAUCCAGCGUUACUACAGGAGGAAACCUAAACUAAACCAAAUUUAGUUAUACUGGAUCAGUUCUAAACUGUUCUUCCUAGAGGUCCAGUAAGAGCCAUCUCUUAUUGAUCCAGUAUUGUUGUAAAGGCUAAUUUCCACUCAGGAAAAUUAUCCGUGGAUUGGAACGGACAAGAAAAUUUUUCUUUGUCUUGUGAGCUCUGGGUUGGAACUAAUGACUUUAUCACAAAGAAAAAUUGUCUUGUCCGUUCCAAUCCACGGAUAAUUUUCCUGAGUGGAAAUUAGCCUUAAGAGAAACCGAAGUACCUGGAGAGAAUAUGGGUUGUUUAUAACAUAAUAAUCAAACAACGACAGUGGAACCCCCGUUUGGAUAGAUGUGAAAUCCACAUGCAUUAACACCUUAUAGUACAAGAUUUAAGCGUAAUAGCUGUUUCUAUGUUUCCAUUCCUUUAGCAAAGCACGAUAAAAAGUCUUCGCAAGAGUUCCCGAAAACAACGGAAAUGGCGAAUAAUGUUUCACACCGUACUGUUGCAUAUUACAAAAAUGUUGAUGAAGCGUCUGGGAAACAAGCAGAUAGCCUCAGAGCCCCAGCUAGCAGCGCUGUCAAUAAAUUCAUUGGUACCGAGAAUAAUUUAAACCAAGACAGUGAUGACGUCAGCACCACAUCACGACUUAAUACCGAAGACCAAACGGACGACGACGCUGUAAGUCCUACGGAAGAUAGCGAAGGUACCACGGAAGGUUACGAUGAGUCGUCGGUACAGGAGUACCAGAGUAAUUUAGCAAGUGUCCAAACAGCCAAUCAGAAACGUUAUCUUUACACAGUUUGGGGUACCUGGUCUGCAUGUACACGCACAUGUGGUCAGCGGACAUACGCCUUCAGGAAACGUUAUUGCAUAAAUGCUGUUACUGGCGAAAUUAAACGACAUUGUCAGAAGCCAACUAUUUUAGCCAAGAAAUGUGUUCUCACUCCUUGUCCAGGUGGGUGCUUUGGAUUGAAUUAUGAUAUACCAGUUACUUGUUCUAGUUUACAAAAGUAUAGAAUAGAAUAAAUGUGAUUAAGGGCCUGUUCAUAUGGGCAAAAGUUAUCCCGGUUAACGAGAGAACUUUUCGACUAGCCAAAUACUUUUGUUCUGUUCAUAUGGAGAAAUAUUAUCCCACUUACCUGGAAAAGUUUCCGGCUGUGACGUAGCACUGAACAUCAAUUGAAUUGAAAAGUUGCUGACACGACAAAAAGUUAUCCCGCUAAGCGGGAAAGUUGUGUUCAUAUGGGGAAAACAUUAUCCCGGUCACCGAGAUCUCGCCUGUCAACAAGCGAGAUCUCGGUACACGGGAAAACUUUUCGUCUCAUAUAUGAACGCAAUGUAACUUUUCAUAUUAUUUUCGUAACAAGGCGAGAUCUCGCUCGUAAACUAGUCGAAAAGUUUUCUCGCUAACCGGGAUAACUUCUGCCCAUAUGAACAGGCCCUAAGAAUUAGAAUUAUCUACAUGAGUGAAUAACUCGUACGCAUACAGUAAUUUUAAUGCUUAGUUUCCUUUGUUCCAUUUUAUGUUUUUGGUCCCUGCAAUAUACAGUUCUCUGAUUAUUAUUUUGCCUCAGUCGUAUGUGAGAAAAAUUUGUCCAUUUUGACUCCGAUUAAGGUUACUUAAAAUUCAAAGUAAACUUCCCAACAACUUGUUUAUGAUAAACUGUAAGUUAGGAAAUGUUCUUUUUAGAAAUCUUGUCUGAAUCAGUAGGAAUUCUCGUCUAUGUUGUUUUGAUAAAAACACGUUCAGAAAUACAUAAACUAAAUCAGUAGGUUAUACUAUAGAACUAGGGCUAAUCCAGCUCUGAACAACUAGCCUCUGGUUUUCGUCUGUUGCUGGACCGCUACAGGACUGGUAGAGCUAUCCUGCAUAAAUAAACUAAAGUUAGUUUAGUUUGGAGUGAAAGCAGUUAAAGAGCCCCUAACGUUGUUAUAUGUCUUAUAGUUGAUGGUGGCCUAUCUGACUGGUCAAAAUGGUCAUCCUGUUCCGACAGCUGUGGUAUUAUGGAGCGACAUCGCAGUUGUACGAACCCAAAACCUGCAUUUGGUGGGCGAGAGUGUUUUAAACUGCCUGUACAGAUGCGCUUAUGUGGAACCUGCACAGGUAAUUGAAAUGAUUCAUUCAUAGUCUAUCAAUUAAAAACUUUACUAAAAUCCUUAUUUCUAUCUUUAUAUUUUAGAGGACAAAGUUGUGGCCGUUCAAAAACUGCCUUCGUAUUCUCCCAAGGCUCUUUGCGGGUUCGAUCCGUGUCAACGUGUUGGGUGCUUAGAAGACAAAGGCGCGAUUUGUGUGACUGACUUUGAGUGUAAUCCAACGUUCUUUGAUGAUAAAGGAAACGUUUUAAAAGGAUGUAGAGGUAAAGGAACGUGUUUGAAUGGGGAAAUUGUAAUGAAUAUAGUUUAUUGGGGAUUACAUCAUUAACUUCAACCAAAGUAGCGAAACAUGUCUGAUAUUAUACCUGGUUCAAUUUCGAUCAGGUUGAUAGUGAUUGACCGAUUGUGCCGCAAUCGAAAAUUACCGACUAUUCAUGCAACAAUUUACCCUAUACCGAUUUUAUAAUGACUUCAUAAUUUCAGUCGACGGAAUAAAGGUGAUGUCAUUCAGUUCAAUGUUUUUUUUAAUUAACUAUAUUUUCAAACGUAACAUGUUACUGCAACCGAAGUUUAAAACCGUUCAUCAAUGGCACACUUCACGCAUGAAUUACGUCGCAGCAACAUAUUAGAGACCUUACGAUUUUAGGACGGCAACGUCUACCAAUGCAAUAGAUCAUUUGUGCACGUCUGUUUAUUUCAAAACUUCAGAAAAGAGAACUCUUAUUGAUCCUGGCAAGAUUUUUGAAGAAAUAUUUACAAAUUUAUAAACAAGCUGUCAGGAAGUUUGCUUUGAAUUUUAGGUUAACCCAGGGUUAAACUAAUCCAGCAUUGAACAACUGGCCCCUGGAAAUGAACUAUAUAAUUUUCCACUACAGAUUCAACGCAGCUCUUCCUGCGACCGUUGGCUCAGAAGAAAUGCUCGUUCAAUCCUUGUUCUUUCACAAAAUGUGACGCACAUGGCGCCAAGUGUUUGGUUGAUACCAAAUGUCGACCGUUCUUCGUUAACGAAAUGGGAAAGAGAGUCAACUGCAAAGGUAAAUGUAACUUAUCGAAUUCUUAAACUAUUUAACCUCAAAAUGAAUAGCUCUAAACUGUUCUCCCUAUAUUUUCAGUAUAAGGACCAUUCCUUGUUAGUAUACACUCAACUAACCGUGACUCAACUAAGGACAAUUACAAAUUCAGCAUUCUGAUUGGCUACACGACCAAGGGCCAUUACGUAACGGACCAGGGUUGAGAAAAAAGAUGGCGGAACGUUUUGUUUCGCAAAGAUUUCUGGGAAAUUUUGUUGGGAAUUCAUUCCCCGAAGAACAAAAGAGACUACAAAAUAUGAUCUGAACAUAGUAAACACUCCUAGUCAAAAUACAAACUCUAAGCACAAUUUGAAAGAUUUAAAUAAAAUUAAAACCACGCACGAGCGUUUGAAGGAUUUUGUAUUUUGCAAACAACCAGGCGAAAAGUUUAUUGAACCGAAGAAAAACAUGCAGUGCCAGUUUGACUCAAACUGGAAGCAAUCUUCUCACAUGCGACGAAAUUUUAAUGAUACAAUUGAAUGUUGCAGUAAUUUAAUCCCGGUCGUUAUCUUAUUCAUUUUUAUAUUUCACUUUUAAAACUCUACUUAACUUUUCUUCCAGGUUCCAACGUGUUGCAGAUAUCAUCAGAACUAAUAUGUGGUUUUAAUCCUUGCAAGAUCACAACAUGUACUGUAGACCCCGAGGCCAAGUGUGUCACAGAUUAUCGUUGUAAUCCGAUUUUCAUUAAUGCUGCAGGUCAGAGGAUAUCUGGGUGUACAGGUAUAGUUUUUAACUAUUAUCCUUAAACAUACACAAUGUUCCUGAUGUAUUGCUUUGCAUACAGCUAUUUCAAUUAAGGUUGUCCCCGAGCAAAGCCGAAAAGUCGAAUACGAGCGCGAACGACUUGCUCGUAUUCGACUUUUCCGCUCUGCUCGGGGACAACCUUAAUUGAAAUAGCUGUAUACAUUUGUACUAGGAAAACAAACACUUGUUGCAGAAACAGUGUUUGCUGGGAUACAUGGCACGGAAACAAUGUUUUCUCUUGUCUCUUUGUCUUACUUUGGGAAAAGCGGAUGGAAAACAGUGUUUCGGUUUGUCCACCUUUAGGGAACAUGUUUCCAGGUUCGCUCAUCUUCAGAAAAUAUGGCUAGGAGACAAUGUUUUGGCAAAAUGUUUUCAAGCUUGCCCCCAAGGUUUUAAAUCACCAGGGUGAGAGGGUCGUUUACUAUUUUUUACCUUUUUUCUUUCCAAAUUCAGAAGACGAAGUGGAAGAAGCUGAGCGACUUUCAACGGAGAGGCCAACAGCUGCUCGACAAAGUACAGAAAAUCCUUCUGCCAGAGAUGUAACACCCUUUCAACACCACAAUCCUUAUCGCCUACACAGCUUACAGAAAUUUCGAGAGGAAUUGUCGGUCAAGAAAAGUAUCGAAAGUAAUCUCCAUGAAACCAAAGAGAAACUAAAAGAUAUUAAACUACUUGAAGACAUCUUCACACGACGAUUUCAUCAUAAUGAAAAUUUAGAUUCCGAGAAUAAAACAAAUUCUGGAGAUAUAAAGAAUGGACAUCCAGAUGAAUCCGGCUAUCAUUUGAACACCUCUUCUAACGAUCUUGGAAAAGAAACUAGGAAAGCAAGCAGUAUUAAACUUUUGGAGCAUAUAUUACAACAUCAUUUGCAUCGUGGCAAAAGUUUGAAUUCCACAAAUUCGAUACUUACUAAGCAAUCAGAAAAAUUCCACGAUAAGAUAGAAAGUAAAUCCGAAAACAGUGGUAUUAAACUAUUGGAGCAUAUAUUACAAGUUCAUUUGCAUCCUAGCAAGAGUUUGGAUUCUACAAAUUCUACACUUUCUGAGCAAUCAGAAAAAUCCCGAGAUAAGACAAAAGGUAAAUCCGAAAACAGCGGCAUUAAACUAUUGGAGCAUAUAUUACAAGCUCAUUUGCACCGUAGCAAGAGUUUGGAUUCUAAGAAAUCAAUGCUUUCCGAAAAAUCAGAAAAAUUCCAAGAUAAGACGGAUGAUAAAUCCGAGAUAGACUUUCAGAAUUUUAGGCAUGAUAAUGACAGUGAAAAUGGUAGUAAAGCAUUGGUGGAAAAUGGUAACAAGAAAAGCGCAAAUAAAAUCACUGGUUUUAAUUUGUUAAACUCGGAUAAUGGAAUAACAUCUGAUGAUGGAAUUAAACUAAAAACUCUUCACCAAAAUAAAGACGAAACUACUGAUAUCGUGGAUAGCCCUUCAAUUGCGAGUAAUUCAUUAGAUUCACCGAAAAGCCAUGAAAUUUCUAAAAUAAACCAAGUUUUGGACAAACCAUUAGAAUUUACGAACAAGAAUAGUGUUGACCCGAGUGAAAAGCUAUUUCAAUCAAAAACUUUGACGGAUAAAAUCAUGGAAACUGAUUCAAAUGCAAAAGUAUCUUUGACAACGCAACGUAAAAGCGAGUCAAAGAGCUUGGAAAAAGAACGAGGAAAGAAUUUGGCAGAUGUAGAUAGGUUUAUACUGGAUGAAUUAUACAAGAAGAAACAAAUGGAAGAUUCGGGUACGACCUCCCUUGGAUUGUCUGGUGCGAAUCAUGCCCAAGGUAAAGUUACUUCAAAUGCGGUUGGGGUAAAAGGCUACAUGGGGGAAAAUAAUGUUAACAGUGUGGUUAAAAAUAAUGAGGGAAACAGUAGCGGUUACAACAACGAUAACAACAACAACAACAACGAUAACAACAACAACAACAACUGGAACAACGGCAGUAACGACAGUAACAGUAACAACGAUAUUUCCAACGGUAGCGGCAACAACAACAACAUUAGUAGGCUCAAUGACAACAAUAACAACAACAAUGACAACAAUAACAAGAACCUAAGCAGUAGUGCUGUUAGUAACCAAGAUUUUAAUAAUAGUACACUUUUAAAUACUCACGAAAACAUUCUCAAGAACAGUCCGACCAGUAUAAGUGGCACAAUGAAUAAAAUGAAAGGAACGAACGAAAUCAUUAAUAACCACUUAACAACAACAACAACAACAAUAUCCACUGCAAACAACAACAGCAGUAACAACAACAGCAAUAACAACAACAACGGUAACAACAACAGCAGUAACAACAACAACGGUAACAGCAACGUCAUCAGCUACAACAACAACAAUAACAAUCGUAUCAACUUGAAUCCCGACUACAACAAAAACGUGCUUAAUACCAAAAUAAACUUGAAACCGUCAAAAUCACUCCCAACCAUUAUUUCAACAACACCAAAAUCCAAUCCGCCACCACAAAACAACACAAUACACUACAACCUAGGACUCGCCAAAAUAGCAUCUACAAAAAAUGAAAACGAAAACAAACCCCUAGAUACUAAACUAAGAAUCCACAGUAGACCACAAAUGCCAAAAGCUUCUUCGGAUAAACAACUUGGCGAUACCAAAAACGAUAAUAUCAAAGGGAAAGUAAUGCCGUGGGAAGAGUAUAUAGCAAACAUGAAAAACAUGAAUCUUGAAGGAUCGGUGUUAUUCGACGAUGAGAAAAAAGUGUCCCACAGUAAACCUCAAUUUGACCACAAUCAAUCCGAUAAUUACGAUUCUAGCGUAGUUGAUGUGAAGCUUAAAUCGGGAAAAGUGAAGUUGGUAGACGGUAGCAAGAUGGUACCGGGACAUGUUGCUGUUGGAGCUGAGACAGGAAAGCCUGGGAUUGGAGGACAAGUGAUACAUUCAAGUGACCCUAAUCUUGAAAUACCCCCGUAAGUGUGCAAGAAUUUCCAGUAGGGUGAAUGGCACAGCAAUCACUUCACGAUUGCUAUUGCAUUAGUACAGUGAGGAUUAGACUAAGGUUAUGGUCACAAAUUGUCAUAAACUCUCAUCAACUUUGAGUGUAAAUUUUGAUGAAAGUUUUUGCUCUUUUGACCAGUAUUAAUCCAGUCAACUCUCACGCAACUCUUGUCCUGGUUUGACCGGGGCGUGAGAAAACUCUUCAUGCAAACUUUCGCUUCUCAACCCUAAUCAACUCUCAUCCUUGUUUGACCAGGGUAUUUGGCCAAGAAUCAGGAAUAAGAUCUGGAUCAGGUCAAGAAUUAGGGUGUGUUUUAAGAUUAGAGUUGUCAGGCUAGGUUUGGGAUAACUGAUCGUAUAUGAAUGUCGUAGCUCCAUGAAUCCGUACAUGGGACGUAGGCUUUAGUUUUGGAGGUCUAUUUUGUUAACUGAACUUGCUAUUUAUUUUCCUAGGUAUGAUGAAGAAGUAACUAGCAGUGCAUUUGAAAAAGAACAAAGCGAAAAUCCUGAAGGUAAUAUUUAAUAAAUCUUAUGCAUUCUACACAGAAUGUGCUGUAUAGUUGAAUCGAUAUAAGACGAUAUUUAACUUUAAUCCACAAACGAUACUAGUUGACAGGCAUUUGCUAUGUAUCCCAAUGUACCGUUUGCGUCCAACUCGAGUUCAAUUCUUGCGACUUAUGUUCUUAUCUGAUCAUAUUUCCAGGUAUACCGUCAAAAGCUGAAUUGAAUAGAAUAUUAAACUCAGUCUCUGAUUCCCAACUGGCAAGUGGCAACCAAGAAUCUAACACCCUGCAAGGGAACUCACAAGAUCAACAUGCGGACUAUGUAUUACCCCAAAAAAGCAGACAUGAACAUAAAUACCCGCUAGCAUCAAGUGCUCGACCUUUGUUGUCUCCAGCACAACAAGUUAAUCUGGUUACCAGUAAACAAGUUAAUCAGGUUACCAAUAAACCAAUUAAUCAGGUUACUGAUAUACCAGUUCAUCAGGUUACCAAUAAACCAGUUAAUCAGGUUAUCAAUAAACCAGUUAAUCAGGUUAUCAAUAAACCAGUUAAUCAGGUUACUGAUAUACCAGUUAAUCAGGUUACAGAUAUGCCAGUCAAUCAGGUUACCAAUAAACCAGUUAAUCAGGUUACCGACAGUCCAUCUCAAAAUGACUUGAUAAAUAAACUGGUUUUAAAAGCUGUCCAACAAGAGCUUGCCAAAUUAAAACUUGAUGGAUUACUUAAGGAUUCAUUGAAAAACACGACACCCAUGGCACGUCAGGGUUCAGAUGAGACAGCUAAGAUCUUCACGCAGAAGCCAAACCCAGGAUAUUUGGGAGUAACCAGAAAACCUAGUGACAACCAUGCAUACUUAGGAUUGUCGAAGGGAUAUCACGGGUUAGAUUUAAAGGUCCAUGGACAACCGGGAGGUAAAGAGUUGUCCUCAACACCAAAGCCAUUCCAUUUCAACGCAAUCUCUACAAACGUGCCUAUAUUUCAAGACGAGAAAGGAAGUCAUUCGUACAACGAACAGGCGAGUGAUACUGAUAGUCAACAGGGCGGGGUAGGAAGUGGACAGCAGGGGAGUGAACCUGACAAAAAUAAUGAUCUAGAAAAUGAGGCUGAAAGUUUGCGUGAAAUUGAUGAGAUUCUUAAAAGUCCAUACACUGGAAACGAAAUCGAAAAAACUACAGCGAGACCUGGUCAAACUACAAAUACCCCUGAAGAGAACAAUAAUCACAAAAUAGUGGAAUCAUCGAACGAAUAUACAGUGACACUGGCUCCAAUGAAAGAAGGGGGCACUGAGAACGAUGAGGAGGAUCAGAGGAUAAGUGAAGUGAAUGACGAGGAUCGUGAGGAACAGAAAGAGCCUGCGAACAAAGAGUCGUAUUCGCCGGCAUUGAUGGAUGAGAUUAAGGAACUGGGACUUCAUGAAUAUUAUAUUAAAGAUGGUUUUCAAACACCGCAUGUUCCUAAACACAGGAAGGUCGCUGAUGGACAGGUAGGGCAUUAUUUGAUAGCUUAAGAUUUACGACGUCAGGUAGGGCGUCAGGGCCGAGCAGAGAAUUUGGACUAGGACGUCAUCCUAAAUAAAUAAAUGAAUAAAUAAAUAAACAUCAACUUAAGAUUCACGACAUUGACCUCUAAGCCAUAAAUAUAUUUACAUCAUUUCGAAAAUGAAUUUUAAAGAGACGCGUGAGUUAAUUACGGUUUGUUAUGCUCUUGUAUUCACGAUGGCAAAACUCUUGUUGUGACGUUGUCGACGUUCGGCGUGGACGACGAGAUAUCGAGAGAGACGCAUGCGCACUUGAAAAAAAUUACUUCCGCUCGCUGUCCUAAAUAUUUGGCAUCGUAGAUUAUCUGUUUAUUUAGGACGAAGUCCCAGUCCUGUGCUGUGCUCAGUCCUGACGUGCUAGCUGACGUCGGCAUCGUAGAUCUUAAGUUUGCUAGCAUAUCACAAAGUGGAUAUUUCUAUCAGUUCAAAACUGCUCUAUCCAGAGUGGAGUAAAAAUCAUUCGCCCCUUCUUGGUAUAAUAAUAGAGAGCUUAAGAUCUACGACGCGGCCGGCUCAACGACGCGCUUGCGCAAGAAAGAAAUUUGUCAUGCCAGACAAAAACUAUGAAUAAUUUGUGAUCCCAGGGGUAUUCUCCACGGCUUUGUAAUGCUCAGCACAGCGUUAAACUAAGCAUUAUCACGUCUUUGAGGCAACGUGAAAGCUUAUUGCGACCGAAGAGGUGUUACUUAAAGUCGAAAUAACAGCAAACAUUGCAUCGCUUUAGUUAAACUGAGCGAUUUGUGAUGUCAUUUGAAAUAUUUUCAAACAUUUAUUACAGUAAUGAAAUUGCUUAAUUUAACGCUCAUUCUUGAGCUGAAAUUCAGACCGCGUCGUUGAGCCGGCAGCGUCGUAGAUCUUAAGCUCUUUAUUACAAAAGAAGGAAGUCUGAACUAAACUAACUUUAUUUCCACUGGAAAGCUCGAUCAGUUCUAAACUGGUCCCUAUAGAAGUUCAGUAAUUGCCUACCUCUUUUUACAGGAACAAACCUGCAGAUGAUCGAGUCAACUUCUCCUUACAUGUCAUCGAGGUCCCAGUUACACGAUACUGGAUUCUCUUUUUACCAUGUUGCCGUUCAGGAGUAAUGGCUGUCCGCAAUAUUCCCCCCUUUAACAGUUUUCCUUUUAUUUCGUUAUAUUAUUAAUGUUAAGAUAUUCCUGAAGCCGUUCAAUUCGAAUGUCGUGACAAAGCGAAUUCGGUGUUAUGUAACUGGGACCUGAAACGAAAUUAUGAUCAGACAACUGCACGCAUAGUUUGUUGCAUUAUGAAAAUCAAUCCUAAUUCAGCGAGCUCUAUAUAUAUCUGGAGCGUGAACUCCAGUCCUUUUCUAUUGUUUUUUUUCUUCUACGGUUAACACGACGCAGGCAAGGAGUGUGCCGAAAUUUCGUAUUUUGACAUCGAUUUAAGAAUAUCACUAUGGUUUUAUGAACUGAUAAGUUGAUUAGCGAUGCGGUCCGUUAGAAAAAAAAACCUGGAAUUACCUGUGAAAAUUGUAUUAAAACUGUUUACGACCUUCAGAGCUAUUGGACGUCAAUGGCCGCCAUCUUGGCUUCAUUUUUCUCAAAGGCCGAAUGACUGAAGUUCUUGCUCCAGAUAUAUAUGUACAGCCAUGGAUAAUGAAAUAAAUGGAUAGGAAACUAGCUGACGUGACCUAAUGUUUUCAAUGGGCUGAUGGCGUGGUUGGAUGUUCAAACCUAGUGUUGCAAACCAAAUUCUCAAAAACGGCAUGUUUAGCAAUAAUACAGCUAAACAUUUUAGUCAAAGAGCAAAUAAAUAUGACUACGCCAUUCUACGAUGAAAUCUCUAAGUAUUCCCAGGCAAAUUUAGCAAAUAUUUCAAGCACUAAACAGUGAAAAAUGCAUCGCAAAUUUCGUUAGAAUUUCGUAGCUACAAAUGUAAAAAAAAAUACAAAACAAAGACGAAAAACAUUUACCUUGCAUACUUUGUCGUGGCUUAGGCAUGUCUUUAAAACAAUUAGACCAGUUUAUGCUUCAAUAUUACUCUUUUAAAGCGGAAAAUAUAGCGAAACAACAAAAAUGCUUGAGAACUUUGGCAAUAUACGCGUGGCGUCACAGAUUGCAACUAGGUUUAGACUGUGACGUCGGGAAGUUUUCUAUCCAGUUAUUUUACAAUCCAUGGUACAGCUCCCUUUCCUAAUUAAGAAUUUUUUGCUUCACAGGUUCGCCAAGUUUUGAAAUCCCAUCACUUGGAAGGAGGUAGCGAUGAUUACGACAGACAUAAGAAUCACCCCGUGAGGUAUAAAAAGAAAUUCCACUUGGCCCAGGUUGAAAUGCUACCGAAAACUUACGCCGGCCAUUCUGCCCUACGACAACAUAAUGCGGACGGUGACGAGAUCGAACGAGUCCCGAACAAUUACCGAGAAGCUGACGGCGUUGCCCGAUCGCAUACUAGUCAGCACGGAGUGGGAUCACUGACGAAAUACUUAGAGCAUUUACGUCAAUAUGUUAAUGGCAUGGACGGCGAUCUUUUGGACAGUGGUUUAAAAGGCAAACACAGGAACGAGGCGACCCAAGAGGAUCUCGGGAAUGCGAUAAUUCUGAACGCGAAGGAUGACGGUAAUUCCGAAAAUGGUAUUGACGAUUCCGAGAAUUCGAUUGAAGAUUCCAAAACUCCAAGAAAUCGAAACCGAAUUUCUCAAAAAGAUGUUCUGUUUGCUGAAGACAGUGAAACGGGCAAGAAUGGUGUGAUGGUUUUCAAAGUGUCAGGCGAUGAUGCUAACUAUAGGCGAACGUUAGGAUUACGCUCCAGACAUCCUAGAUUAAAAACAUACAGCAAACAAAGACAGUCGAUGUAG